AUGUUGUUGGACAAGAAGCCGAAGUUGUUGUUGGCGUUCGCAGCAAAGGCAUUGCUCAUGAAUGCUUCAGGGGGCAAAGCCUUUGGCGACGACGGAAUGAAGAAGUUGAUGCUGUUGGCGCUCGUCGCACCGAAAGCUCUUGAUGUGUUGAGGACGAAUCCGGCAGGCGAUUUGCUGCCUCUCCUCAAACUUCUUCCCCUUCUAGGGGGAGCCAAGUUGGACAAGCUGUUGCCGAUCGCGCUGCUCGCCAUGGCUGCCUUCGAUGCUCCGGAGGUGGCUGCGUUGCUCAAGAGUGUCGUUAGCAAGAAGCUGGUUUCCGGCGGCUACGGCGUGGAGGCGACGGCAGUGGAAACGUCUGACGAGGAAAUGUCGGUGGUGGACUAUUUGGUUGACUCCUGGGCGGUCGCGGACGGACAGUUCGAAGACGAAAUGACAGUUUCGAGGGCGGCAACGGAAGCAAAGGAAGCCAAGUCGGCAGUAAAAUCUAUCUCGAGGGACGUUGCAGCGUGGACAGGUGCGGACGCCGAGAGUGGGGACUCUGCAGGUGCAUUUGUCGACGCGAUAUUGGCCCCGGCCGGCCUCCUCGUCGAGGUCGCGCCCAUGAUGGAGAGAGCGAGAGACGCAAUGACUGUGGACGGCCUGGAGUCACCGGACACCGCGGACUUCCACCAGUCCCAUUUGAAGGAACUUCUAGGACUGGUGCUGGAGCUGGAGGAUAUUGUGGCGUCGAAGAUCGCAUGCGUGGAGAUGACUAAGGCGUUCUUCAAGUUCGUUCUGGUUCCGCUCAAGCUGGCGGCUCCAGUGGCGCGGAUGUUGUUGGACAAGAAGCCGAAGUUGUUGUUGGCGUUCGCAGCAAAGGCAUUGCUCAUGAAUGCUUCAGGGGGCAAAGCCUUUGGCGACGACGGAAUGAAGAAGUUGAUGCUGUUGGCGCUCGUCGCACCGAAAGCUCUUGAUGUGUUGAGGACGAAUCCGGCAGGCGAUUUGCUGCCUCUCCUCAAACUUCUUCCCCUUCUAGGGGGAGCCAAGUUGGACAAGCUGUUGCCGAUCGCGCUGCUCGCCAUGGCUGCCUUCGAUGCUCCGGAGGUGGCUGCGUUGCUCAAGAGUGUCGUUAGCAAGAAGCUGGUUUCCGGCGGCUACGGCGUGGAGGCGACGGCAGUGGAAACGUCUGACGAGGAAAUGUCGGUGGUGGACUAUUUGGUUGACUCCUGGGCGGUCGCGGACGGACAGUUCGAAGACGAAAUGACAGUUUCGAGGGCGGCAACGGAAGCAAAGGAAGCCAAGUCGGCAGUAAAAUCUAUCUCGAGGGACGUUGCAGCGUGGACAGGUGCGGACGCCGAGAGUGGGGACUCUGCAGGUGCAUUUGUCGACGCGAUAUUGGCCCCGGCCGGCCUCCUCGUCGAGGUCGCGCCCAUGAUGGAGAGAGCGAGAGACGCAAUGACUGUGGACGGCCUGGAGUCACCGGACACCGCGGACUUCCACCAGUCCCAUUUGAAGGAACUUCUAGGACUGGUGCUGGAGCUGGAGGAUAUUGUGGCGUCGAAGAUCGCAUGCGUGGAGAUGACUAAGGCGUUCUUCAAGUUCGUUCUGGUUCCGCUCAAGCUGGCGGCUCCAGUGGCGCGGAUGUUGUUGGACAAGAAGCCGAAGUUGUUGUUGGCGUUCGCAGCAAAGGCAUUGCUCAUGAAUGCUUCAGGGGGCAAAGCCUUUGGCGACGACGGAAUGAAGAAGUUGAUGCUGUUGGCGCUCGUCGCACCGAAAGCUCUUGAUGUGUUGAGGACGAAUCCGGCAGGCGAUUUGCUGCCUCUCCUCAAACUUCUUUCCCUUCUAGGGGGAGCCAAGUUGGACAAGCUGUUGCCGAUCGCGCUGCUCGCCAUGGCUGCCUUCGAUGCUCCGGAGGUGGCUGCGUUGCUCAAGAGUGUCGUUAGCAAGAAGCUGGUUUCCGGCGGCUACGGCGUGGAGGCGACGGCAGUGGAAACGUCUGACGAGGAAAUGUCGGUGGUGGACUAUUUGGUUGACUCCUGGGCGGUCGCGGACGGACAGUUCGAAGACGAAAUGACAGUUUCGAGGGCGGCAACGGAAGCAAAGGAAGCCAAGUGCAUUUGUCGACGCGAUAUUGGCCCCGGCCGGCCUCCUCGUCGAGGUCGCGCCCAUGAUGGAGAGAGCGAGAGACGCAAUGACUGUGGACGGCCUGGAGUCACCGGACACGCGGACUUCCACCAGUCCCAUUUGAAGGAACUUCUAGGACUGGUGCUGGAGCUGGAGGAUAUUGUGGCGUCGAAGAUCGCAUGCGUGGAGAUGACUAAGGCGUUCUUCAAGUUCGUUCUGGUUCCGCUCAAGCUGGCGGCUCCAGUGGCGCGGAUGUUGUUGGACAAGAAGCCGAAGUUGUUGUUGGCGUUCGCAGCAAAGGCAUUGCUCAUGAAUGCUUCAGGGGGCAAAGCCUUUGGCGACGACGGAAUGAAGAAGUUGAUGCUGUUGGCGCUCGUCGCACCGAAAGCUCUUGAUGUGUUGAGGACGAAUCCGGCAGGCGAUUUGCUGCCUCUCCUCAAACUUCUUCCCCUUCUAGGGGGAGCCAAGUUGGACAAGCUGUUGCCGAUCGCGCUGCUCGCCAUGGCUGCCUUCGAUGCUCCGGGAGGUGGCUGCGUUGCUCAAGAGUGUCGUUAG